AUGGUAGAAGGGGAAACCAAUAAAGCUACUAUUGACACUGUGCAAGUUGCACUUAGGAUAAGACCUUUGAUGCGAAAUGAAAUCGAUAGAGGUUGUGACGAAUGUAUUGAUGUGGUGCCAGGAGAGCCACAGGUGCAAAUUAAAGAUUUAUCAUUCACUUACAAUUAUGUUUUUCCUCAACAUAUAAAUCAAGAAGAAUUUUAUGACACUGCCGUUAAAGGACUCAUUGGAAAACUUUUUCAAGGUUAUAAUGUAACAAUAUUGGCAUAUGGCCAGACAGGCUCUGGCAAAACCUAUACUAUGGGAACAAAUUAUUCUGGAUCUGAUGGUGACUCUACAAAAUUAGGUGUAAUUCCCCAAGCUGUAGCUGAUAUAUUUGAUUUCAUAGAGCUGCAUGAAGACAAGUUUAUAUUUAAAGUGAGUGUUUCAUUUAUGGAACUGUACCAGGAACAAUGCUAUGAUUUACUCUCUGGAAAGGAAAGGAACCACAGCAUUAUUGAGAUUAGAGAAGAUGUCAACAAGGGAGUUAUUUUGCCAGGUAUUACUGAAUUACCAGUGACAUCAACAAUGGAAACUAUGAUGGUUUUAGAGCGCGGUUCAUCGGGACGUGUCACGGGAUCCACAGCUAUGAAUCAAGCAUCUAGUAGAAGUCAUGCCGUGUUUACUAUUGUUAUAGCCAAAGAGAGCCGAAGUGACAAGAACAUAGCAACAACAUCAAAGUUCCAUUUAGUGGAUUUAGCUGGUUCUGAACGUAUUAAGAAGACGAAAGCGAGUGGGGAGCGCUUGAAAGAAGGAGUUAAGAUUAACCAAGGAUUGCUUGCUUUGGGCAAUGUGAUAUCAGCACUUGGAGAUGGUACCAACAGAAGCUUCAUUAGCUAUAGAGAUAGCAAGCUUACUAGAUUAUUACAAGACAGUCUGGGCGGCAACUCGCUGACGUUGAUGGUGGCGUGCGUAAGCCCCGCGGACUACAACCUGGACGAGACGGUGUCCACGCUGCGGUACGCGGACCGCGCGCGUCGCAUACGCAACAAGCCCAUCAUCAACCAGGACGCGAAGGCUGCGGAGAUACUCAGGUUAAAUAACUUAGUAAAUGAACUCAGACUUCAACUACUUGGCAAGUUACCUACUAUUAGCGAACAGAAUAAUGAAAAAUUACAAGAAGAGCUUGACAAAGAGAAAGUUAAAUAUGCAGAACUUCUUAAAAAACACAAACAAGUUACAGAACAUUUAAGCAAUAUGUUGAUAGAAAAUACAAACUUAUGUGAGAAGGCACUGUUAGCUGAGGCGGCUAAAGACAAAAUUGAAAGGAAACUUAAUGAAUUGACCGAACAGUGUAAUCAGACUAUAGAAAAUCUCAACAUGACUGAACCAUCUCAAGAUGAUAAUCAAAAGAGAACAUCUGUAGUGGAUUAUUUGAAGGAAGUAAAAUCCAGAUUAGAAGACUUACAAUCAGUUAAUUUGAAGACCAAUGAAGAGUUGAUAGAUCAUGAGAUCAAGUUGUCCUUUGUAAAGGAGGAUGGUGAUGGGGAGAAGGUGGAUGAUGAUGUGUUAAUGAAUGAAGAUCAGGCAGUCAUGGAGGAAGAGAAGAGGGCUAUGGGUCAGGUGGCGUUAAAUCAAGAAUUGCAAGAGCUCAAUCGUGCUAUGGCCAUCAAGGCGUCUGUGGUCCAAGCUAUACUUGCUAGCAACAAGGAAAUGCUAGACGGACAUAAUAAUUUGAAAGAAAAUGAAGAGAAAAUAUCUAAAUUAGAAAAGGAAAGGGAUGAAUUAUUGCAACAAUUGAAGCAAUCCAAGACUAAAGAUCCAUCCCACGAAGAGCGACGAAAUAAGGUGUCGACUCUGGAGUCUGAGAUAAGCGAUUUGAAGAAGAAAUGCCAGCAACAAGCCAAUAUCAUUAAGAUGAAGGAGAAAAACGAGGCUAAGAUUGCUUCCCUCAAUGCUGAGUUACAAGCUAUGAAGUCUACUAAGGUGAAGAUAAUCCGGCAGAUGCGCGAGGAGAGCGAGAAGUUCCGCAAGUGGAAGGCGGACAGCGAGCGAGCGCUGCUGCGCCUGCGCAACGAGGACCGGAAGCGCGCCACCGCCAUGGCCAAGAUGGAGUCGCUGCACGCCAAGCAGCAGAACGUGCUCAAGCGCAAGAUGGAGGAGGCCGUCGCGGUCAAUAAACGGCUCAAGGAAGCUUUAGAUAGGCAAAAACAUACUGCAAUGAAGAGAAACGCAAAAGGCAGCGUGAAGGCUGGCGCGGUGCAGCAGUACAUCGAGCAGGAGUUGGAAGUGCAGCUCAGUAUUGUGGAGGCUGAGAAAUCUUUGGAAGAACUUAUGGAAUACAGGGCGUGGAUAACAGAACAAAUAGAAAAUCUUCGUAGUAGCCCCGACGAUGAGGCCAAUAGGAAGAAGAUUGCGGAACUUGAAGACGACCUCGCUUUACGCAAGGCGCAAAUAUCUGACUUGCAACAAAAGAUUUUGACCGCUGAUCAGGAAAACAAAUCUCGUAUCCAAUGGGAUAAUAUACAAUCAAUGCUCGAAGCCAAGGUAGCACUUAAGUGCCUAUUUGAGUUACUGGUUGAUUCCAAGAGAGAACUACAAAACCAAAGUGAGAAAGGUUACCAGGCGAGGUAUGAAGAGAUUAAAGAAUCCUACGACAGGCUUAUGGUGGAAUUUGAUAGUAACAAAACAGAAUUUGAACGGCAACUUGCGUCUAUAAAACUACAAAAUGAACAGAAGUUAAGCGCGCUGGUGGCGCUCCAGCGCGGCGUAGUGGGGCGCGGCGACCGCGGCGAGGCAUGCAAGCACCUGCAGAACGUCAUCCAGUACCAGCAAGACCGGCUCGAGCAGGUGGAACAGGAGAAUAAAAAAUUAGCAGAUGAACUUGAAGAGCUGCGGAAUGCGGGCAAGAAAGCAAAGAAACGAUCUAAAAAAGAGACCAACUCUGACACUUUGAAAAUCGUCGAGUAUGUAGAGCCCACUGAUGAAGAGGACGAUGAAUUCGAAGACCCGAACAAGGAUCCGGAUUGGCGCGCUACACCACUGUUCAAACGUAUUCAGGCACAACGAUCCCGCCUCACAAUGAACUUCACACCGGCUGACACGUCCUCGGACACGUCCGCGGUCGCAGCGGUCCCCGCGCGGGCCGUGAAGCGCGGCAGCGACGGCUCCCCGCACUGCACUUGCAGAGGGAGUUGCUCCACUAAGAUGUGUGGAUGUGUGAAGUCGGAGAAGGGCUGUGGAGGCUCGUGCAGGUGUCAACCGGAACUGUGCAAGAAUAGGCGACGUGUGUCCUCCGAUAGUGAGGAUAAGGAGAAUAAUCCGUCCAGCACCGAACAUUCACUUAACACAACACCACGUUCUUCCUAUUUUGAUAAACGAGAUCAUCACCUUGAUGCUACAUUUGUAAAGAAAAAGAAAAGCUAUUUUUUCCCAGAAGUUGCGGCAAAUAAUGACGCUAAAGAUAAUAUUGUGAAGACUGAA